UAUUUUGUUAUUGCCCGAUUAUCUUUCACCCGCGCUGCUUGUGUGUGCUCGCUUUCCAUUCGAAAAAAAACAUCAACUCAAAAUAUGGAUAUUUGAUAGGCAGAAGUAAUUACCUAUUUGUUUGGGAAAUAUUCAACGGUAUUUGGAUGUUUUAGUUACUCGAUGACAGGUUCUCCGCACGUUUUUUCAUUCGAUUCGGAACUGUUGUUGUUGUUUUAGCGAAGCACACCUAAAAAAUACAAAACCACUCACACACACGCGAAACAUACACACGGUUGUGAUUUGGCGCGCUCUUGUGUGCGUGUGUACAUACAACAAAAAGCAAAAAGCAACGAAUUUCGGUGUGCAAAGAAACAUAAAUCGGCAGGCGAGGAAAUCGGAAAGCCAAGAAACCAAAAAACCAAAACAGUGCAAGUUACAGUAUUCCCCAAAUCGAGAAAAAACAAAAAUUCCUUUUUGAUUUCCAAGAUUUUCAUCUGCGCGGGUGCAUGUGUGUGUGUGUGUAACAGCAACAAAUACCAGUGCACGGCCAAGAAAGAAGAAGAGAACCAGCGCGAAGCAGAAGAAGAAAGAUGAUGUAAACUUUGUUGUAACCAAAAGAAAAAAGAAUAACAUAAAAAUCGAGUGAAGCAGAGAACAGAGCUAAACGGGAAAAAUAGUGGCAGUGCUUCGAAUUCUUCCAGUCUUCGAGUGAUUUUUUUGGGAGCACUUCAAAAUGCCAGAAACGGAGCACGAGAUCUGCAGCAAGGAGUGGCUGCAGUCGCAGCUGCGAUCCCUGGACUCCAAGGACCUGAUCCUGUUGGACUGCCGCGGCUCGCACGAGUACAGUGAGUCGCACAUCCGCGGAGCCGUCAACCUCUGCAUACCCAGCAUCGUCCUCCGUCGUCUGGCGGUUGGCAAAAUCGAUCUGGCCUCCACGAUCAAGUCGCCCGAGCUGAAGCAGCGCAUCCAGUCGGGCUACAAGCUCUGCUGGUUCAUCCUCUACAACGGCGAGGGCGUGCCCGGCCAGAAUCAGGAGAUCGCCGGAGCCGGAUCCCUGGCCGUCGCCAUGGACUCCAUCAUCAGCAUCCUGCACCGCCGCCUCAAGCAGGACGGCUGCCGCGUGGUUGCCCUACAAGAUGGCUUCAACAAUUUUCGCCAGGCAUUUCCGGAAUGGUGCGAGGAUGAUAAUCAGACGCACAACAAGGAGAUCGAAUCUAGUCGCAAUGUUCAGACCGAUCAGCUAAUGGGUCUUAGGUCCCUGCGCAUUUCCACAACGCACUCCGAUUCCGCGUGCAGCAGUUCGGCGGAAUCGUCGGAUUGCGAGAGCUCCAGCCACCAUCACCACCACCAGAGCCACCACAAUUACAACGAGGCGCCCGUGGAGAUAAUCCCUGGACUGCUCUUCCUGGGAAAUGCCACGCACAGCUGCGACUCGGAAGCGUUGAAAAAGUACAAUAUAAAGUAUGUUUUGAAUGUGACACCAGAUUUGCCAAAUAAGUUUAAGGAGUCGGGCGACAUCAAGUAUCUGCAGAUUCCGAUCACGGAUCACUACUCACAAGAUUUGGCCAUACAUUUUCCGGAUGCCAUACAGUUUAUAGAGGAAGCGCGGUCUGCAAGCUCGGUGGUGCUGGUCCACUGCCUGGCCGGAGUUUCGCGCUCGGUGACCGUGACGCUCGCCUACUUGAUGCACACGCGCGGCCUGAGUCUCAACGACGCCUUCGCGAUGGUGCGGGACCGGAAACCGGAUGUGUCGCCCAACUUCCACUUCAUGCAGCAGCUGCUGUCCUUCGAGACCCAACUGCGCCUGAGACCCGGCUCCAGGUUCUCUUGCAGCUGCAUCGCGCCGGACUGCAAUUGCAUGCAGACCACGGGCUUCAUGGCCGCCCAUCUGGCGAAUGCUACCGGGGUCUCGCCAGACUCCGGCAUCGAGUUCGACCGCUGGACCCCGUCGGACACGGGUCUUAAAUGAGAACAGAGUGGCGGUAAGAGUUUCGUGCUGCCACCGAGUCAGGAGAUCCCAGUUGCAGCCGCCGCCACAUCGCCGCCGCCCAUGUGCCUGGCGGUAAACCCGGACAACAUGUCUCCGGCCAGCACCACCAGCUCGUCCACGUCGACCACGACCACCGCGGAGGCGGUUUCCGUGGUGGAGAUGGUGCAGCAUCGCGAUCAGGAGAUGGCCGAAGAGGACAUCAUAACCAGGGGAGGAGAGUACGAUGAGGAUGCGGCCUGAAUGACGAAGCUUUUCCUAACUUGGUUCUCGCGCAAAACACCCGUAGAAACAACACAUACAUAUGAGCCGCUUAUUGAAUAGGGGUACGAAUUCAAACUUUAAUAAAUGUACAAAGUCUUGGAGAAACGCCCAACGUACACAUAUUGAUUAAUACCACGUAAAUAACUUAAUGUUUAGUACAUUUUUAAGUAAAGUGCAGAAAAAAUCCAACGUUAUCCACACGCAAACCAACUAUGCAACUAUACGAAAAAGAAUGAGAAAUAAAAUAUAUAAAAUAUAUUUAUAUAUACGCAGUGUACAUGUUUGUAUCUAACUCCUAAGCCAAGUCAAGAGAAUAAAUAUAUUGAAGCCGAAACGAAAAUAAACAAUUAAACUGAGAGCAGUUUUUCUAGGCAUAUAGUUUUAGUUUUAGUUUUAAAUUUUACUAAACUCGAAAUCGUUUAUAAUUGUAAAGUUUGUUAUAUUCGGAGCGAUUGGCCGCGAUAGGCGCUCCCUAAUAUGAAUAUACUACCACUUAAUUACCGAAUGCCAAGUCAUAAAAGUGUAAAGUGAACUAAAAUCCCGAAUAUCGAAGAAUUUUUAAAAUCGAAAACAAAAGAAAAAUGAACACUAAAACAAAGAAAAUAAAUACAACCAU